AUGACAAGCAAUCCCUCGAAUCCAGCUGUUGAUGAACUUUUGACAGUACGAGUGGAUCGACAUGAUCAAGCUACGAAUAUCAAAGAAGGCACAUACAACCUGGACUCAAUCAUGGUAUUGCAAAACCAAGAAGAUCUACACGUUUGGCUUGUGUUUGUCAGGACAACAUUGCGGAUCCAUGGCAUGGAAGAUCUCCUGGAUUAUGAAAUUCCAAGGCCAUCACAAGAUAAUCCAAAAUACAGCAUAUGGGAAACAUGCUCACUAAAGGUUUAUGCGGAUGAAUUCCUACAAAAAUUACAAAGGACAGUCGAUGGUAGGAGUUGCUACCGAUACAAGUAUUGGAGAGAGAUCAUUGAGAUACGGCGUCAUGAUUAUGCUACCGUGGAGCAAUAUGUGACUGCAGUUGUACAAAAGACAAUCAUCACAAACAGGCUAGAUAUGCCUCUCACACCUUACCAAGCACUUGCAAUUCUACUACGAGGAAUUGAAGAUGAAUAUGAAAGCUUCGUGGAUCUGACGUAUCAUCGUUUGCCUGAAAAUGCUGCCAAAGACCUUACAUGGUCACAAUUCUUCAACAUAUGCGGUGAAGUAAAGCAGAAAGCUCGAUAUAUGCCAGCAUCAAAAGGAAAGAAUAAUAGGCGUUCACGAACCCCACGAAAGCAUUCUCCACCACAAAACAUAAACCAUUGAAAAGCAUGCCGAAUACUAGUUGACGCAAUCCAGAAGAUCCGGAGUGGAUUGUCCAUUUUGUGAAGGAAGCAAUCAAGACUGGAGAUGUUGGACUACGAAUGAUUGGAGGCGAAAACAAUGUCGCAGAUGGUUUUACUCAGCCACUUCCAACAGCUAACUAAAUUCGAUGAAUUCGUCAAUAGACUACGUUUUGAAGAGUUGGAUAUGAAGAGGAAGGUCAAAUUGAAUAACUUGUGUGCUGCUAUGAUGUUCACCAUAUUAUAAGAUAAUCUUCACGUACCGGUGGAGAUUGCAUGCUAGCCUUACUAUUGAACUUGUUCCCAGCCUAUUUUGGCGGCAAUUUGGUAUCGAUUGUUAAUAAAGACAUACAGUACAAAAGUGCUGCGGCUUAUAAUAGGACAUGCGCUCUUCCUCAACUAGAUCUGCCAUUGGGAGUAACUUUGCCUGGAGGGGAAGGGUUUGUAGGGACCUAAUAGACUGAAU